AUGAUCUUCACCUUAGGAAAAGUUGGGGUGACCAAGAACGAUUGGGCAGCCAAGUUAGACGACGCUCUAUGGGCCUAUAAAACCGCCUACAAAACACCGAUAGGCACGACCCCAUUCUCUCUUCUAUAUGGGAAAUCCUGCCAUCUUCCAGUGGAACUUGAGUACAAGGCGCUUUGGGCAGUAAAACUGUUGAACUUCGACAUCAGGUCAGCUCAGGAGGAAAUAGAUUUUGACUUGCACGAGUUGGAAGAGAUCAGGCUAGACGCUUAUGAGAGCUCCAAAAUUUACAAGAAGCGAACCAAGGCGUUUCACGACAAGAAAAUCUUGCCAAUGAUUUUCAAAGACAGAGAAUUUUCUCUGCUUUUAAACUCGCAAGCUAAGUUAUUCCCUACGAAGCUCAAAUCCAAGUGGUAUGGUCCGUUUAAGAUCAAGGAGGUUCUACCUUAUGGAGCUGUCACAUUGCUUAAUCAGAAUGGGGAAGAGUUCACGGUGAACAGUCACAGACUCAAACUGUAUUUUGGCCAACACAUUCAAGGAGAAGGAGUCUCAACUCCUCUUCCUGACGCUCUCCCAGCCUAA